CUUAAAUAUGAAUUUUGAAUUCAUGUAGGUUGAAGUGAAGAGAUGAAUGCUUUCAAGGCUUACAAAGCAUGUGUACCAAUUGCAUGGAGCCCUAACUUGUACAUAACUACAGUUAGAGGUACUCCAGGAACAAGAAAAGUUCACAGACGAAUUUUGGAGUUACUACGCCUUCGCAAGUGUAACCGCACUGUUAUGAGAGAAAACACCCCAACUAUCAGAGGAAUGCUCCAACAGGUUAAAAGACUGAUUGUGAUAGAGACAGAAGAGAUGUAUAAUGCUCGUAAACAAAAGGAAGCGGAGCAUCGAGCAUUAAGGCCUCCACUGGUUGUCAACCAUCACAUCCCUCAAAACCAUUGAGGUUAACUUUCUUUAUGUCUUUGUUGUUUGAGUCAAAGACAUUUUAUCGAUUUGGUUUUAGCAUUGCUUGUUCUUGAACAUGAAUAAUAAUUAUCUGAGAACUCAUCGGUUAUGUCCUUUAACAGUAUGAUUAGAAUUCAUGAGAACUGAUCUAAAACUAGAUGAGGAUUGAUCAGUUGUAUGUAGUGCAAAACAAAUGGUUCAUUGUAAGGACAUGCUUUUGCUACUUCUUUCAUCUUUCAAAACUAAUGAUAUAUUUUGAAC